CCAUAACUAGCAUACCUGUAGAGCAACUUUUUUCGAGUGUUUUUAAUCUAUUUUACCUUUGAUUCUGCCUCGUUUCGUUUUAGGAAUCGUCUAGUACUUUUUGUUUGACAGCAAGGCAAAAGGGCACUCCGUAUAAAGCUAAGGGACAGCUAAAGCACGCGGCAGCACAGCCCAUUCGGGGGAAUUAAUAAGAGCACGAUGCGAAUAGAUGUGAUUGAUAAAGAAAUGGGCUGCCGGCAACAGAGAAACGCCGCCAAUGAGAUUUUCGCCCUUGUCCCUCUCCCGUUUCCCACGCAAGCUUCUCCCUCCUCACUGGCUCACUCACUCACUCACUCACUCUCUCUCACUCGCUCGCUCUCCCGUGUCCGGAAGCAAAUCAUGGCAUACCCGGGGAGACGGCUAUCAAAGCACACCCAGUCCCCCGGUUUUGUAUAUACCCCGAUUUUUUCCCUCUAAGCCUUAUCAAAAGGGCAUACCGGUUUUUAAGCCGCACGCCAAGUAACCGCGCGCGCACGCACGCGGCCUUUUACAAGGUUUUUUUUUUUUGAGUGCCAAGCAUAUAACAUAUUAAUUUUGCGUUUACUAAGCGGAGAGAGAGAGAGAGAGAGAGAGAGAGAGGGGAUUCCAAAAGACCCCAAAAUGCUUGCUUUUCUUUGUGACUACUAGUAGUACUUCUUUUUCAAUUUUACCUCGAAGACGCAGUAGAUUAGAU